GGAGGGAGAGAGAGCGAGAGAGAUAGAGGAGGCAGGCCAGGCUGUUUUCGCAUCCUCUAGAUGUGGAUUAUACCUUGUUCUCGCCAUGGCAGCAUUACGGCACCGGUAGCAGGGGCUUCUGGGAGAUCAGAUGCGCGGGUUUGAGCAUCAUCUCUCUGAGAUGGCCGUGCACGCGUGCAGCUGGAGGCAGGGAUGCAUCGGGGUUUCUCAGGCGAACGGGAGCCUGCAGUGGGAGGCUGACUGAGUUCACACAGGCACACAGAGCCGCUUCUCAGCUGGAGAGGCUGUUACAUUCAUCAACACACAACGGCAAGGUCUCUGCUGUAGUAUCUGACAAUGUUUCGCAAAAAGAAGAAGAAGAGGCCGGAGAUUUCGGCACCGAAGAACUUUGAGCAUCGCGUUCAUACGUCGUUCGACGCGAAGCGAGGGGUCUUCGUCGGCCUUCCCACGCAAUGGCAGAGUCUAAUAGAAAACCUCCGGAGACCCAAACCGAUGGUGGACCCGUCCAGGAUAACACCGGUGGAGCUCAAACCAAAGAAGACCAUCGUGCGAGGCACUAUGAUCGGCCACGGAGACUACAUCUCAGCCAUGCUGUCCGACAUGAGCCGGCUGUCCGUCACCAGCUCCAACUCCCUGCGCAAGAGCAGCCCGUCGGCACGCAAGAGAGCGCAGUCGCUCGGCCGUCUGGGCGAAGUGAACGAGGCCGACGCCUAUCAGUACGAAGGACUGGACGAAGCCGAAUCGCACUGGGGCGACAAGUCACGAAACAUCCACAGCGAGAGCGGCACGCCGUACAUGGGCCUGAAGAAGAGCGUCACGCUUCAGCCCAACGGCGUCCUUCCCAGGGCCAAAUCCACUUAUGAGGUUAGCAUGAGCAUUUUGGAAGGGGCUCCACCCCAUCCCACCCUCCCUGCGCCUCCACCGCCCCCGUUCCCCGUCCCUCCACCGCCCCGAAACAUGUAUCUCGGGGGAGAUAUCGGGAGCCCCACUGAGAGGCUCAUGAUGAGACGAGAGUUUCCCAUCGUGUUCACACACAACCAGAGGCCCAUCACCUGCUUCUACAGCCCCACGAUGCCCAUGCAGCGUCCACACGGAGACGGCCUCACGCCGGACAUGAGGAGCGCUAACAGACUGCUGGUCCACCCGCAAAACAGCCCUGGGAGACCCUUCUCCUCAUACGACCUGAAGGCCGACGCAGCCAUGAGACACCAGCCGGGAUAUUUGCACAGCGGCACCAGCAGUCCUCUCAUGAGCGGCAGCCGGCCACACAAAACCGUCCGUUCCUCCUCCAGCUACACCAUCGGACUCUCCCCCAACAUCAGUUAUCGGCCCAGCGGUCCAGACCCCUUCAUGAGGCACUCGGGCUGCCCGAACCCAGGCCUCUACCCCCGACAGGACAGUCCGUCGCAGCCCCGGCCGUCUCCCACCGGCUCUCUGGCCAACAGUCCUCCGGGAACCUGUUCUCCUGCGUUCAGACCCCCGCUACACCCCUCGCCCCGUCCGCCACCCGACCCUCCUAAAGUCACUCACGAGCAGUUCAAGGCCGCGCUGCAGAUGGUGGUGGACAAAGGCGACCCGCGCUCGUAUCUGGAGAACUUCGUGAAGAUCGGAGAGGGGUCCACGGGAGUGGUGUGUAUCGCCCGCGAGAAACACAGCGGACGCGUGGUGGCCGUCAAGAUGAUGGACCUCAGGAGACAACAGCGCAGAGAACUGCUCUUCAACGAGGUGGUGAUUAUGAGAGAUUACCAGCACAGGAACGUGGUGGAGAUGUUUAAAAGCGCUCUGGUGGAGGAGGAACUCUGGGUAAUCAUGGAGUAUCUGCAGGGAGGAGCUUUAACAAACAUCGUGUCUGAAACCAGGCUGAGCGAGGAGCAGAUCGCGACGGUGUGUGAGGCUGUUCUGCAGGCGCUGGCGUAUCUCCACUCACAGGGUGUCAUCCACAGAGACAUCAAGAGCGACUCAAUCCUGCUCUCGCUGGACGGCCGCAUCAAGCUGUCAGACUUUGGCUUCUGCGCUCAGAUCAGUAAAGAUAUCCCGAAGAGAAAGUCUUUGGUGGGCACGCCGUAUUGGAUGGCUCCUGAGGUCAUCUCCAAGUCACCUUAUGGGACCGAGGUGGAUGUUUGGUCUCUGGGCAUCAUGGUGGUGGAGAUGGUGGAUGGAGAACCUCCGUAUUUCAGUGAAACUCCUGUGGCUGCGAUGAAGAGACUGAGAGACGAGCGGGCGCCCACCGUACGCAACGUUCAUCAGGUUUCCCCGAUGCUGAAGGACUUUCUGGACCGUAUGCUGACGCGAGACCCGCUGGAGCGCGCGAGUGCCACUGAUCUCCUGGAGCACCCGUUCCUCCUGCAGGCCAGCUCUCCUCAGUGCCUGGUGCCCCUAGUGGAGCAGUACCGCAAGCGCAUGUCCCGCUGCUGAUCCACGUCCCCCGCUAGCUCAGCGUUACGCGCCCAAGGAGACGACAACCAGGGCAAAACAGCGGCUUAUCCGGCCUGCCCG